AAUGUAGAAAGUCUUUGGAUAUCAAUACAAGUUUAACAUCACCACUACAAGGGUGGCAUGACUUGGUACAGUGUAACAGUGAUGCAGAAGCUCGACUGGCUUGGAAUCUGCUGUUGCAGCAAUUUCAUGUUGCUUCUUUAUUCCUAAUACAUAAAGAUUACUAGAUAUACUGAUAGUUACAUGCAUAGUUUGAGAAGCCCUGUAGGAACAUGUGGUAAGUUAAAUCAAUUGACAAGUUUUUGUAGGUUCCCUGCUUCUAACUGCUCAACACCUUGUGCACAUGUGUGUGUGUAAUAUUAGUAUGUUACAAAUAGGAUCGUAAUAUUAGGUAUGAAGCUACACUCGGCUAAGGAAAGUCUGGUCGCAGGUUCGGUUCUCAGCAGAAAAAAACAAAUUCCAAUGUUGGAGGAAUAAAUGAAUGAUCGUGUGCGGAGCUGCGCACUAGCGCAACCACUGCGGUAGGCAGAUGCAGCAGCUUGGCGACUAAAAUUAACAAAUUAAUCAACGCUUGACAUUAAUGAUUAUCAACGUAGUUUAGAAGAAUUUUCUCAUCUUUAAACGUUUGACAUAAGUGCCUAGGCUUCUCGUUUAGACUGCCUUAAGAAAACAGCAAAGAAAAAAAAAAAAGACUCGUAAAAUUAGCAAUCGCAAUAGAGGUUGAGAUCGCCGGUGCUACGAUAUGGGCAAUUAGCCGUAUAACAAUAAAGUGCUCGAUUAAUACUAGUUUAAUGAUCCGCACAAUGUGUUCCAACAGACCACUAACGAGGAAAAUAAAUUCACGAGAAACACUGCGGUGCAGUGCUCAGCAGCCCUUAAUUUAUGCCUACAAGGUCAAGAGCGGAGCGCACGCACACGCUCGGUGCGGAACGCGCCCCCUACGAAAGGAAACAAAAACGCCGUCCGAUCCGAGAAGCGGGAGCGAAAAGCCUUCCUCUCUCCAGAAUCUCUUGUCGCCGUGGGCGGCGGCCAUAUUGCUGGAUGUUAGCCUUAUAUUUUGCUACUCUCCGGCCGCUAACCAGCGGUAACCAGCACAAACCUAAGAAAGCGUAACCACUGGAGUAGCCAUCCCCAUCGAAAGGCUCCGCUGCUUGAGGCAUCGAGACGCGACCACGCGCUGCAUCGCCCGAUUUCUUGUGUCCGUCGCAUCUCGAAUAGCCGUAGAGCCGGGAAGACUGACUGUCCGUCAGCGACCGAAUUCACAUCGGAGCCGGCGGCCACUCGGCACCCAACGAAGCAUCGGCGCCCCAGGCGCUCUGACACUCGAGUGAAAGCAGUGCUUGUGCGACGUAGGAUUCGGGAUUUGUGCCGGCGCGUGCAACACAAAUUCCGCCGUAGACCCACGAUUCUGACCUGGGAUAAUCGAGGUCUGCUAAGCCUAAAUGUGUUGACUUUUGAUCUGGAUGCCGGCGCCGAGCAGAUGGAGGGUGGUGGUAUGGAGGCAGUUGUUCACUGGUAGUAAAAGUGACUGCUUGCAAUAGGCUAAAAUCAUGGAGACCAACCCAUUUUUUCGAGGGAUCCUCGGCCAGGCUCUUCCACGACCUCUUCUCAGGCCACCGCCUGAGCCAAGGAGACGCCAUGAACGGCCUGAGCCUUCCGCCGUUGCCUUGGACACGAUGGAAGUGGAAGAUCUUUCUAUUAAGAAAGAGCCUGUGCCAGCAGUGGCACCCGUGCCAGUAACACCGUCACCGGAAGUGGUGCGCAGCUCUGGAGGGCGGCGCAAGGCAGGCUUAGGACCACAGCGGCUUGGUCCUGACGAUAUUAUUGUGCUCUCGGAUGAGGAGAACAGCCGCCUCAACGGGCACCGGCUUGUCAACGGAGCCACUGGCAGCAGUGGCUGGCAGAUGCAGCCUCCGCCGCUACCGCCUCAGACACCACUUUCCCAGCAAGAACUGGCUGCUCGCAGGGCACUGGUGCGAAGUCUGCGCCAGGAGUUGCGCAAUGAGGAGAUGAAGCUGGUGCUGCUCAAGAAGGUGCGUCAGAGUCAACUGCUGCAAAGGCAAGAGCCAGCGCGACCUGCCCAACCAGUGGCGCCACCCAGCUUGCCAUCAGCACGAGCGUCAACGGUGGUGCCGACGGCGGCACCUCCGUUGGCACCCCCGCCUCGAAGUGCCCCGACUGUGGUGGCCAAUCCAGGCCAGAGCCUUGGAGCUUCGGGCAAGAUGGCACUGAGCAACCACCAUCACCACCACCAUCACCACCACCAUCAUCACCACCACCACCAGCAACAGCAGCACCAACAUCAUCAGUCGCCGCAGACACAUCAGGGGUCCAAUAGCCGAGCCACACCCGACCUGGUGGGCAUCAACGCCAGGCUUCGCAACCAAGGCCCAUCACCUAGCAGUGCACUUCAAGGAAGCCUGAGCUCUGGAGCUGCAUUGCGAGCUGGUAGUAAUAGCGGUGGAAAUCUUGGACAGCUGCAGCAGAAUGUGCUCAGAUUGCCCGCCAAUGCAGCUAGCUCUGCAGGCAUCAACAACUUGGCUGGUUCACUGUCCCGAACAGUGCCCCACAGCUCACAGCACUUCAGUGGCAACCAUACAGUUCCAGGAGCUCACCAGGUUGCCAACACAACCAGCCAGCCACCACAGCCUCAGGGAACACCGCCAAGCCUGACUGCCACAGCUGACAACCAGAGCCCUGCACAACGCCAGGCUGCAGCCAAGUUGGCUUUGCGUAAGCAGCUAGAAAAGACGUUGCUCCAGAUUCCACCACCCAAGCCACCACCACCAGAGAUGCACUUUGUGCCCAAUGCUAGUAGCCCCGAGUUUGUGUACUUGCUUGGACUGGAGACUGUUGUGAGCUUCCUGACAGACGGAGAAGCAAGCUCACGUGCUGCACCUCCCGAGCCAUUUGCAUGCAGUCAGUGCGGUCUGGACUUCACACCCGUGUGGAAGUGGCAGGACACACGCCGUGCCGGCCGACCGUCAGUCAUCUGCGAAGCCUGUGUCACCUCAAACCUGAAGAAGGCGCUCAAGGCAGAGCACACACAUCGCCUCAAGACAGCCUUCGUCAAGGCCCUGCAGCAGGAGCAGGAGAUCGAGCAGCGCCUUGCCAGUGGUGCAGCGCCGUCGCCUCCCCCAUCGUCAACACCCCCGCCCGCCGCGCACUCACCACGGCUGGGCUCAGCAGCAGGUGCCGGUGGCUUCCUGCCCAAGCUGAGUGCCCAGCAGCUGCUCCAGGCACAGCAGCUGCAGCAGCAGCUAGCGGCAUUGCCUGGGGCUCAACACCAGGCCACAAGUGGGGGGCCCCAGCCCGCCCAUGUGCUGCCCUUCGGACCCCUUCUGGCUGCCUACUCGUACCAGAUGCUGAGCGCUGCUGGUGCAGCAGGUGCAGCAGGAAAGCUGCCGCCCGCAGCUGACCUCCAUCGGCAAUACCUGCUAGACAUGAUCCCACCACGAUCGAUGGCUCAGGGCUCGCUCAACUGGAAGACGUGAUGACACAGCCCUUCCAGCUAACACCCAUUUUCUUCUGGCGACAUCUCUGGAGCACACCGGCAACAUUCUCUCUCUCUCCCUAAGGUACUGGCUAUGUUAGUGGGUGGGUUGAGGUGUUGUGACUGUGGUGACCAAGAGGUGCUCCAGCUGUAGUGCUGCGGUUGUGCCCAGUCUGUAGUCCUGUCUGCCCCGAUGGUGGCCCACAGUGCUGACUUGUUUCGAAUAGGACUCCUCGGGUGAGACAGCCCCAGUGUGGUGGAAAGAAUGCUUUUCACACACGUUCACUGGAAAGACUCUUGCAAGAAAGACUUGCAUAUUUGUCAGUGCAAACAUGCACACGUUAAAGACAUUAUUGCCUGGUUUCUUAUUGUCUGUAAAGGCAGUAUUUAAGCUCUCUAAUUUUUUUCUUCCCCUUCUCCAACCUUCUCUCUCUCUUUCUCUUCACAUUUCUUUCCCCAUACGUGUGCAAGUAUAUAUAUGUGUGUGUGCGUAUGCGUGCAUGUGAGCACGCGUGUGCGUUGAGUCUUCAUGUCCGCACUUGCCGUGGUGGGAUGCUACAGUGCUGCGGGUGCCGCUUUGUUUUUGUUGUCACCACGCAAAAUACCCGGAGUUGGGGCUGUGGAAACCAGUUAGCCUGGGACUAAGGAUUUUGUAAACGGAGAUUCUGGAUAACAGCUUCAAUAAAGGGUAAUCCAGUGGAGGGCAACCCUCCAAAAUUUUUGUGUUGCUUUCCUUCCGGUGGUUGCAAAAAAAUGUAUCUGUGUGACAAGGCCAGUGUACAGUUAACAUUGUUUCCAAGUGAUUAUGUAAGUGGCUUCUAUACUGAAAGAAAGUACGCAGAAAUAUGUGUUUGGCCUAUUUGAAGUUGCCAAAUGCAAGCAAAGGACUUCAUAUCUACAUGUUAAAGUACCAUGAAAACAAGAUUCAGAGAGGAAUGUUUGAGCUGUUUUCCAUCAUAGUGAGUGGUGAUUUUUUUUCUCAAGGCAAUGCAGAAGGGCAUUGGUGAAGCACUCUGAACAAUACAGCCUGAUUUAGUAUUUCUUUUUAGCGCCUCUUUAUUCAGAGCUGAAGUUCUACCCCUGUGACCUGAUAAUGUGGAAGCUUGCUAACUGUGCUGGCUAAUGCAUGGUUGUCUUCAUCAAUCUGCAAGUGUAUCUGAUAGCACAGAUACAUUUGACAUUGCCCGUGUCAGGAACUUAACGUCACUUAAUCAAGUUUACUUUUUUAUUAGCUUCAUUCACAGCCUGUCAUGUGGAAAGGGUUGUAGUGAGACACUCGCUGUCGUAUGCCACAGAGUGCAUACCAUGCAAACUUUGAAGUGUGUAGCCUCGAUGGCAACGUCUCAGAAAUAAGAUAACACAGUCGAACCUCGCUAUUAAAAUUUAUAUAAGGAUGUGUUGUCCUAUUCGAUUUGAUUACUAAUGAAAUAGUCACUAUUUGUUGGAAAAAAUGUUUUUGUUAUAGCUUUCAGACUCGUCAAUUGCACUCGGACGCAAGAUUGGUACAAAAGUAUGAUAAAUUUAAUUCCUGGGGCCAUGUUAGGCAUAAUAUCAAAAGUCGCAUAGGGGGAACAGGCUUUGUCGUUCAGGGAGCCAUAUUUUACAGGCUAACUGCUGUCAUUCACAUCUUCCUAAUUGUCCUGGGUGUGUGGACAAACUACAUAUUUGUUUCUAAUGUCCCCAUUUGUGCUUUUAAUUAAGCAAGGCUUCGUAAUGUGCAAUGUAAUGACAGAAACUUGCUAACAUUAUUACUAGGAUACGGACAUGUUUUAUAAUAUCAGUGAAAACAGCUAUUAUUCGGAUUAGCUUCUGGCACCAUUCAGUUCAUAUUUGGUGUGGUCUCGAAAUAACUAUUUGCACACCCCUAAAUGGAUAUUGUCUGCCGGCAUUGAGAAGCGUUUAAUAUUUGCUUCAUUAUAUACAAUAAUUUGUCAUGUCUAUUGUAUCAAUGUUUCGUUAUACGUACUUCCAUGCUGAGACUCCAAGAAUUUCAAAACCUUUUCUCAGUAACCUUUUCUCAGUUUCAAAUGCUUUUAAGCAGCUUUCUGUGAGCAAUAGAAACCACCUUUUUUACUCUG